AUGAACGGGCAGACAGAGUACUUUGGCACUAUCAGCAUCAGAACCCCCCCUCAGGACUUCACCGUCAUCUUUGACACCGGCUCCUCCAACCUGUGGGUGCCCUCCACCUACUGCUCCAGUGCUGCCUGCACAUGUAGGAGUCACUCAGGAAUUCAAGAAACAGGCCUUGCUCAGACAGCUACUGGAAAUCAAGUACAAGGAAAGGGUGCUCUGGGGGAAAAAGGAACACUUGGGAGUGGUCAGAUAGACUCACAGAGGAGAAAUCCUGUUGGAAGCAUCGAGGACACCAACCAGAUCUUUGGGCUGAGUGAGUCAGAGCCUGGCUCCUUCCUGUACUACACUCCCUUCGAUGGCAUCCUGGGUCUGGCCUACCCCAGCAUUUCCUCCUCUGAUGCCACGCCCGUCUUUGACAACAUGUGGAACGAGGGCCUGGUGUCCCAGGACCUCUUCUCCGUCUACCUGAACUCUGAUGAGCAGAGUGGCAGCCUGGUGAUGUUUGGUGGCAUCGAUUCUUCUUACUACACUGGAAGCCUGAACUGGGUGCCUGUUUCUUAUGAAGGCUACUGGCAGAUCACUGUGGACAGCAUCACCAUGGAUGGAGAGACCAUCGCCUGUGCUUAUGGCUGCCAGGCCAUUGUGGACACAGGCACCUCUCUGCUGGCUGGCCCCACCAGUGCCAUUUCCAACAUCCAGAGCUACAUUGGAGCCUCUGAGAACUAUGAGGGGGAGAUGAUCGUCAGCUGCUCAUCCAUGUACUCCCUGCCCAACAUUGUCUUCACCAUCAAUGGAGUCCAGUACCCUGUGCCCCCCAGUGCCUACAUCCUGGAGGAAGAUUCUGUCUGCACAAGUGGCUUCGAGGGCAUGGACGUUGACACCUCCACCAGUGAGCUCUGGAUCCUGGGUGACGUCUUCAUCCGCCAGUACUUCACCGUCUUUGACCGGGCCAACAAUCAGCUUGGCCUGGCUGCCGCAGCUUAA